UGUUUCCUUUCUCUCUCCUCUGUCACGAAAGAAAAUUAACAUGAAGCUUUGAUUUCCUCUUUGACGAUUUUUCCCGAGAAAACAAAGCUCCUGCUGUGAACUCUCUCCCCAUCUUUAGUUUCUACACGAAUUCAUUCACCGAUUUUAUGAGAGAUCCGGCAAAGCCUUGAUGUCUGAUUCCUUCAAAACGGCGGUGGAUCCGCUUCUGAGAGAUUUGGAUGGGAAGAAGGAGAGUUUCCGGAGGAACGUGGUGUCUAUGGCGGCUGAGCUAAAUCAAGUGAAAGGCCGUUUGGUUUCUCAAGAACAAUUCUUUGUUAAAGAAAGCCUUUCUAGAAAAGAAGCAGAGACAAAAGCUAAGAACAUGGAAAGGGAGCUCUGUAAAUUGCAGAAGACAUUGGAAGAUAGGAAUUGUCAGCUUGAGGCUUCAACAUCUGCUGCUACAAAGUUUCUCGAAGAAGUGGACGACCUGAGAUCGCAGCUAGCCUUAACAAAGGAAACUGCGGAAACAAGCGCUGCUUCUGCUCAAUCCGCACAGCUCCAAUGCUCAAUGCUUACAGAACAACUUGACGAUAAAACACGUGUGCUUAGAGAGCACGAAGACCGUGUGACUCAGCUCGGCCACCAGCUUGAUAACCUUCAGAGAGAUCUACGGACAAGAGAGUGUUCUCAGAAGCAGCUGAGAGACGAAGUCACGAGAAUCGAGCGUGAGAUAACCGAAGCUGUUGCAAAGUCAGGGAAAGACAGAGAAUGUGAGCUCAGGAGACUCGUGGAAGAGGUUUCUCCAAAGAACGUUGAGAGAAUGAACAAGCUGUUGGGUGUGAAAGACGAAGAGAUUGCAAAGCUAAAAGAUGAGAUAAGGUUAAUGUCAGGUCACUGGAAACUCAAGACUAAGGAACUUGAAUCUCAGUUGGAGAAACAAAGAAGAACAGAUCAAGAGUUGAGGAAGAAGGUGAUGAAACUGGAGUUUUGUCUGCAUGAAGCUCGUAGCCAGACAAGGAAGCUGCAGAGGAUGGGGGAGAAGAGAGACAAGGCGAUCAAGGAGCUAAGAGAUCAGGUUACUGGAAAACAGUUGAAUGAAUCGGGGUCUGGGGAGAAACAGAACUUUUGGGAUACUUCAGGGUUCAAGAUCGUCGUGUCAAUGUCGAUGUUGAUAUUAGUGGUUGUCUCCAAAAGAUGAGUUCUUGGUGGUGUUUAUAUGAUCUUUGAACUCUUAUCUUAUUUUUGUGUGUGUAAAUGUAUAGUUGCAGUUAGUGGUAGAUAAUGUUUAUUGAGUGAGGUACCCGAGAAACUUUACAAAUCUUUUUUUAAAGUAUGACAAUUAUAUUUCGUUACAGAGAAUGCCAUAUGAAAUA